GAUGGAUCUGCAAAUCUCAGUUUUUCUUCUCUUCAUUCUUUUCACUGCAGGACACUCUCUCAGCUGUUAUGAGUGUAUGGGUCUGAUGGGUUCUUGUGCAGAUCAGAAGUUAAAAGCAUGUCCUAGUGGAUCUUCUCAGUGCUCGAGUACAACAGCUGUGGUACAAAUUGGUGACUUUAGUUCAAAAGUAAAGGCUAAAGAUUGUGCUCCUGCCUGUCAAAGUGGGUCCUUGAACUUUGGCACUGUAAAGACGACUAUUUCCUGCUGUAACACAGACCAGUGUAACCUCCAAGAUGCUCCAGAUCCCUCUAAUGCCCCCAAUGGAAGGACAUGUUACUCCUGUGAAGGACAGAGCUGCACAACCAUAUUGAGCUGUUACGGGGACGAAAGACCACUGCAUUACAGCAACAGUGACUUCUGGAGGCCAGUUCAGUUGUUGUAAAAGGCUGUGUGUCUAAAUCUAUUUGUGAUGCCCCAACAUUAGUUCCUGAUCAAUGCGAGCGUCUCAUGUUGUGAGGGGAACCUGUGUAACGGUGCUUAGAGCGUCUCCCAGAGCUUCCUGUUCCUCUGCUGUUCUCUGCUCUCCUACUUCCUGCUGCACUGAAUCCAGCAGCUCUUCACAUCCUACAAUAAUACAUAUAUCAAAUCAUCUAUCAGAGGAAAAUAUUAGGCUUUCUUUAAGCCUUUGUCUUUGAUAACAGGAGUGAGCGGGUUUUUCAUGCGUACAGAAUCCA